GAUGGCACGGCUCGCUGGAGCUCGGCUCGUCAACACCCUCUAAUAAAAAACCUCGGCUCCCCCCACCGUAUUUCUCCUCGGCUGAUCGGAUCCACUUCCCCACGAGAAACGAGAUCCGAAGGCGCACCACCCUUUCGUAGAUCUGCCCCUCCCUCUCCCCCUCCACUUCUCCUACUUCUCCGACAGCCAUCGCGGUGAGUUCCCAGCCGGAGAUCCGCCGUCAACAUCCCCUCGCCAGGUGCAUAGGUCGCUGGCUUGCUCUGAGUAGUUCGAGGGGCAGACACAGCCAUUGAAAAUGGUGGUUCUUGCCGCUUCCAUCAUCUCCAAGUCUGGAAAAGCACUUGUUUCAAGACAAUAUGUUGACAUGUCCCGAAUAAGGAUCGAAGGAUUACUUGCAGCAUUCCCAAAACUUGUUGGAACUGGAAAGCAGCACACUUAUGUUGAGACUGAAAAUGUUCGCUAUGUUUACCAACCUAUUGAAGGCCUAUAUCUGCUGCUUAUUACAAACAAGCAGAGUAAUAUUCUUGAAGAUCUGGACACUUUGAGGCUACUAUCCAAGCUUGUACCUGAAUACUCCUCUCUGGAUGAGGAUGGUAUCUGUAAAACAGCAUUUGAGCUUAUAUUUGCAUUUGACGAAGCAAUCUCUCUUGGAAACAAAGAAAAUGUAACGGUGCAACAAGUGAAGCAAUACUGUGAGAUGGAGAGUCUUGAAGAGAAGGCGCAUAAGCUGAUGAUGCAGAGCAAAAUCAAUGACACUAGGGAUAUAAUGAAGAAGAAAGCUAAUGAGCUUGACAAAAUCAGGAUGGAGAAAGGCAAACUUGACAAAGGAGCAUACACAUCAAUAUCUGGUCCCCGGGUAAUGGAAAAAACUUUCAGUGACAUGAACAUUAGUGGCACUGGCUUUGGAAGUGGUUCUGGAUUAGGUGGAUUGAGCACUGAUAUGGACUCUUUUGCUAGUAAGCCUAAAGGUCGUCCAUCAGCAGCUGCUACUGCUCCUGGUAAGGGUUUUGGCAUGAAACUAGGCAAAUCACAGAAGACAAAUCAGUUCCUAGAAUCUUUGAAAGCUGAAGGAGAAGUCAUUUUGGAGGAUGCACAACCAAGUUCAGUUCAGUCAAGGUCGUCAGCUCUUCCACCAAGUGAUCCUGUCACAGUGACUAUUGAAGAGAAGCUUAAUGUAAUAGUUAAAAGAGAUGGUGGUGUUGAUAACUUUGAUGUUCAAGGAACCCUUGCUCUUCAGGUCCUUAAUGAUGCAGAUGGAUUUAUCCAGUUGCAGAUCGAAAACCACGAUGUAUCUGGGCUUAGCUUCAAAACCCACCCCAAUAUCAACAAGGAGUUGUUUAAUAGCCAGCAAAUUGUUGGAGCAAAAGAUCCAAACAGGCCUUUCCCAAGUGGUCAAAAUGAAACACCGCUUGUAAAAUGGAGAAUCCAGGGGAUGAAUGAGUCAUCUUUACCUCUCUCAGUUAACUGCUGGCCAUCUGUAUCUGGAAAUGAAACCUAUGUCAACAUUGAAUAUGAGGCUUCUGAAAUGUUUGACCUUAACAACGUUGUCAUAUCUAUUCCUCUGCCUGCACUUCGUGAGGCUCCAACUGUUAAACAGAUUGAUGGAGAGUGGAAGUAUGACUCAAGAAACUCUGUGUUGGAAUGGUCCAUUCUUCUUAUUGAUCAGUCAAACCGCAGUGGUUCUAUGGAAUUUAUUGUUCCCCCAGCUGACCCGUCAACAUUUUUCCCCAUAUCUAUUGGAUUUGCUGCAUCUAGUACUUUCAGUGAUUUGAAGGUAACUGGAAUUCAUCCCCUGAAGGAUGGUAACCCGCCAAAGUAUUCGCAGAGGGUUCGUUUGGUGGCUACUAACUAUCAAGUAGUUUAAAACCCUGAUUAAGGUUUUUGCUGCUGUUUCAUGUUAGUGGCACAUCAAGGUUGUUUACAAAUGUGUGAUUUGGCCUGUUUCAUAUGUAGCGUAUUGCACCUGAGAAAUAAAAGCAUGAAUUCUCCUUGUUACCCCGGUUGGCCAUUGUUUGUAUUUCUUUUUGUUGCGAGAAUGUUGUUUUUGUUUUCUUAUAUGAACAUUUCUUGCUAAGUCUUGUCA